AUGGCUGAAAACAAUACAUCCUCGACUGAAGUACAUCUACAUAAACCCGAUGAACAAACCAUUCACGGCGAAAGUCAUCAACAACAAGAGCAAAUAAUUAUUGAAAAUGCAAAUGUUCCUCAUCAUUUAGAAGAUAUUCAUGUUACAGUUAAUAAUGAAAAUCUUGUACCAGUCGAAAAUAAAACUGAAGAAAUUAAGGAUAAAGCUAAUGAGGUAAUUGAUAACACACAACAUCAAUGGAAUGAAGCAGUUAAUAUAACUGGUGAACAUGCAACUGCUGCUGCUCAUAAUGUUCAGGAACAUGCGAAAGAAACUGCAGAUAAUGUUCACGAAAAAGCUACUGCAUUAAAACAAGACGCAGUCGCUACUGCUCAUGCAGCAGAAGCAAAAACUACAAAUGCAGUACAUGCUGUUCAAGAUAAAGCUCAUGAAUUAAAACAAGAUGCAGCCGCCACUGCUCAUGUAGCACAAGAAAAAGCUACAGAUGCUGCACAUGUUGUUCAAGAUAAAGCUACUGAAUUAACACAUGAUGCAUCGGCAGCCACUCAUGAUGCUCAAGAAAAAGGCAAAGAAGUGGCACAUGGUGUUCAAGAUAAAGCUGCUGAAUUAACACAUGAUGCAUCUGCAGCUGCUCAUGAUGCUCAAGAGAAAGCUAAAAAAGUAGCACAUGGUGUUCAAGAUAAAGCUACUGAUUUGCAACAUGGCGCGGCUGAAACUGCUCAUGGUGCUCAAGAAAAAGUCCAAAAAGUAGCACAUCACGCGCAAGACAAAGCAAGUGAAUUAGCUGCUGAUACAAAAGGUGCUUUUAUUGCGGGUGAAAAAGCAGCUGAAGAGAAAUUAGCUGCAGCCAAACAUACAGUUUUGGAAAAAUCAAGCGAAUUAGUUCAUAGUGCUAAACAUGCCGCUCAUGAUGCGAAUGUUAAAGCACAUGAAUUAGGACAUACAGUUGAACAAAAAUUAGAAUCAGCUGAAAAGAUCGCCGAACAAAAAUUUGAAGAAAGCAAACAUGCAGUUAGCGAAAAAGCAUCUGAAGCUAAAGCUAAAGGGGCUGGAAUCCUUGGUGCAACACACCAUGCACUUGCUACCGGUGCUGCAAUUGUUAGCGAAAAAGUUAAACAUGGAAUCGAAGUAGCAUCUGGAGCUGCUUCUCAUGCUAAACCACACGAACCAGAAAAAUCAGUUGAACAUAAAUUAGAAUCAGCUGAAAAAAUUGCUGAAGAAAAAGUUGAAGAAAGCAAACAUGCGGUUAAUGAAAAAACAUCUGAAGCUAAAGCUAAAGGUGCUGGAAUCCUUGGUGCAACACACCAUGCACUUGCUACCGGUGCUGCAAUUGUUAGCGAAAAAGUUAAACAUGGAAUAGAAUUAGCAUCUGGUGCUGUUUCUCAUUCUAAAUCACACGAAUCAGAAAAGCAAGUUGAACAUAAAUUAGAAUCAGCUGAAAAAAUCGCUGAACAUAAAACUGAAGAAACCAAACAAACGGUUAGUGAAAAAGCAUCUGACGCUAAAGCUAAAGGUACUGAAAUACUUGGUGCAACACAACACGCACUUUCUACUGGUGCCGCUGUUGUGACUGAAAAAGCUAAACAUGGAGUAGAAUUAGCAUCUGGUGCUGCUUCAAAUGUGAAAGCAGCUACUGGACAAUUAGCAGGUGAUGCACAAACAAAAGUUGUUGAAACUGCUCAUAGUGCCCAAGCAAAAGCUAGCGAAUUAUUAACAACUGUUGAAACAAAAGCUGCUGAUGCUGCCAGUGCAAUUGUUGCAAAAACUGUCGAAGCAAAAAAUACUACUGUAGCAGCUGCACAAACUGCAGCAUCGACAAUCCAAGAAAAAACAAGUGCUCUUUUGGAUAGUGGUAAACAAGUAUUAACAUCUUCAACUGCAUCUCAACCUGCACCAAUAGUAUCUUCUGGCACGGAUCAUAUCUCACAAGAAGCAUAUGUUACUCAAACAUCUGGUCAAACUGCUCAUGGUCCCGAUCCAAUUACAGCUGAACAAGUAGCACCAACUACAGCAAAAGCUAGUAAAGGUGGUCCAAUAGCUGCAAUUCGUAAUUUUUUUAGUCGUCUAUUCGGUUCAUCACAUCGACAUGAAGAACAACGAAGAGUUAACACUAAUGUUGCUACAAAUGCUGCUGGUCAGACAACUGAAACUACAACAACAGUUGCAACAAGCAACCCACCAAUAUUAUCAUGA